GUACGGGCGUGUACAAGACGUCGGCGCUCUCCUUUCUCCACACGACAGGCCCUGAGGCUCAUUUCAUCACUUUCCGCCAUUGUUUCUCCGAUUAGACGGCAACUGUUGCGGACCCCUCCGCUCGAGCAAAAUCUUGCCGCUGGAAUUCCAGUUAUCAGAAAGCAUGAUUGAAAUUCCUGUGGGGGAAUAAGCCUGAAAACCAGUGGGGAGUGGACUCUCCCUCUCUGUGUGUGCGUGUGCGUGUGCGUGUGCGUGUGAGCCCCACCUAUAAGCAGAGAGAGGCAGGAUGCAGGUUUCUCUUCUACUGCCCAGCCUGUAGAUCCCAGGUGAGAAGUCUCCACUCCCAGCAGCUCCCACACCCUGCGUCCUUGCAUCCUGCUCAGGACACAUGUUCCGUGUAAGAGAACACACUGGGCAGGCAUUCAUGCGUCAACAGCGUGUUUGCUGCAACACUCCACUUUAAAACAAGGCUGAAAAACUGCAAAAAUCUUGAGACACACAACGAGGGACUAGAAUGAGUCUAUCCUUUUUCCCAAAGGAGCACAAGUUGACAAUCCCCGUCCUCCUCUUCUAUGCCGCCCUCCCAAGUUUAUGUCAUUCAACACCAGAAAAGACCACCACUAACUACACGGGCCAGAAGGUUGUUGCAGGCUGUGGAGAAGGCCUAAAUGUUCUCUACAGGUUCCUGUGUGACCGCAAAGCAGCAUGGGGCAUCGUCCUGGAGACCCUGGCCGCCUCUGGCUUCCUCUUCAGUGUGCUCCUCCUGCUUGGCCUCCUUAUCUGGUCCCUGUGGAUCUACAUCUCCAUCCAGCACCAGCGCAGCAACAUAGGAGGCACGGUGGCCUGCAUGUCCUUGUUCCUGUUAUCCACAGCCGGCAUCUUCGCUACCACCUUCUCCUUCAUCGUCAGUCUCAGCCCUGACACGUGCCCCGCCAGGCUCUUCCUAUUCGGGGUCGUCUUCUCGCUGGCCUUCUCCUGCCUGCUGGCUCGCUGCCUCGCUUUGCUUGGCUUUGCCGCCGCUCGAGGUUGGGGAGAGGCCGGCAUGGCUGUGGGGCUCUUCAUCGUGCAGGUGAUCAUCGCCACAGAGUGGCUGAUCCUGGUCUUGGUGAGGGAUGAGAUGCCCUGUCAUUACAGCCAAGAGGAGUUCGUCAUGCUGCAGAUCUACGUCUUGUGCCUCCUGGCCAUCAGCUUGAUCCUCUCCGCACACUUCCUGUGCCGCUCCUGCUUCACGUACAGCUACAACUAUGCCGGCGCCACCCACCAGCAGAGCCGGCAACAGGCCGUGCUCCUCUUCCUCACGCUGUCGCUCUCCGCCGGCAUCUGGGUGGUGUGGAUCACGAUGCUCAGCAGGGGGAACACUCUGUUGGGCCGUCAGCCACAAUGGGACGACCCGGUGCUCGCCCUGACCCUGGUCGCCAACGGCUGGGUGUUGCUGAUGGGACACGGCUUGUCGCAGAUGGCCUUCCUCUGCAGGGGGGAGGCCAAGUCUAAGGAGAUCCCUCUGAGCUUCGCAGGCUGGACCACCCCCAGUGUCGACAUCGCGGACCCGAACGACCCCAAGGAGGGACAAGAGAACGGAAGCUUCGAGAACGAGGCGGACAGCAGAAGAGGCCGGCGGGCUGAUCCAUCGCUACAAUCACCGUAUGAAGCUGAAUUCUCCAUGACUGAAAUUGACCCCAAUAAAGAUUACAGCAUUCCUCGCCCUCAGACCACCAACUAUGGAGAACCAUAUGAUGAUUAUUAUGGACCCUUUUGAAGCACAAGAAACUCAUGCUCGGAAUACAUGUCAUGUAAAUAUGUGUGAUUUCGGAUCAGAAAUGUAUUUUAAGUCUAUAUGUUGCUACAAAGCAGUCAUCUAGGACAAGCGGAAUAGCAGAUGGAUGGAUGGAUGGAUGGGAGCAGCGAUCUUUCAGCCAACAAAGCAACUCAAGAAAACUGAAUUUAAAAAUAAGAGUACAGUAAGACCCCCUUACUUACGCAACACAAACCAGCAGAAGACUCCUACGUCACUCACGGUGCAACCAAAAAUGAAUAAUGUGCAACACACAAAGUAACUGCACCACACGGACUACGAGGGUUUCGGAGUAAACAUUGACGUGCAAAACAAUACAUGCAUUUAUGACCCGCGAGGCAUGCUGGGUAACUGUUGGGGUCGUGUGCACAUGGGCUUCUGAUACAUGCAUGGUCUGUGGUACAGUUACAUUGUGUGUUACUUCUGUGAUUGUACUGCACCGUGGGGGAGGUAGGCUGGUGUGUGACAUGCCAAGUAGGGGCGGGUAUGUCAAGGCGACACAUAAAUACAGGAUUCCCCACAAAAAAUGUUUUUUGAUUAAACGUGGGGAUCCACUGUAUAUUAAAUGUAUCAUAUUGGUAAUAUUUUUAAGUCACUCUGGUAAAAAAACACAAAUAUUGUAGGCACUAAUGUAUUUUUUGGGGGUUAAAAAACAAUGUUAAGUGCACUUUAAAGCAGGGGUCCCUAACCACCAGGAGGCCACGGAAAAACUUCAGGCACAGACUUUUUCUUUUUAAGAUUUAAAAAAAACAAAAAAACAUAAUAGUAAAUAACUACGUACUGUAAUAUAAAAAAUUUCCAAAAAUUACAUUCUCAUAUUGGCUAUUUUUUCUAAAUAUUUCAUUUCUAUGCUACUAAAAUGACAUUUUUUCUAAUUAGAAUUCCUAAUGUUACAAGUUUAUACUCAUAAAAUAGUGACAAUUUUUCUCACGAGAAUUUUUAUUUUUUUAAUAUUUCAAAUAUUUCACCUUAUUCUCUGAAAAUUACAGCUUUUUUCUCCCCCUAUUUCAACUUUCUUCUGGUAAAUUAAUUUUCUGACGGCUAAUUUUCCGAAAAUAACUUUCUUCUUUGUUUCCUAUAUUAUGCAACCUUUAUUCUACUAAAAUGACAUUAUUUUCCUCAAAUUAUGACUUUCUCUUUCGAUUACAAACGGUUUUUUUGUAAUAAUUACUGCACAUUUUUUGCUGGGUUUUUUUGGUCUUAAAAUACAUUUUUUUAAUCCAACAAGUGGGGGGAGCACUGCUUUAAAGGGGUACGCUGCCCCACGUGGUGACGCCCACGCUCGCCUACAUGGAAGCGUGAAUUGGUGGACGUCGACUGCACGUCCAGCAAUAAAGUGUCAUUAAAAAUAAGUACAAUACAGUCUUAGAAUUGACAUCGUUCCAGCUAGAACGCUCCUGAUGUUGCAUUCAGCUGCAACUGUCGCUGAAAAGUGUGUUUUAAGGAACAAAGCAACCCUGAGGUGAUGGAGGAGGUGUGAAACUGUCAAUCAGAAGGUGACAAAACUGCUUAGCGGAGACAUGAGAAGGGAUGGCAAAGCAAUAGCUGGAAGGGCAGAGGAGGAAGAUUAUGUAUCAGGCUCACGCCAUCACCGGUAACAUCUUCAUAUUCAAAGUUCCAGGGCAGUUCCCGGUCUCUGCUGGUGUGAGGCUUCAUUUAAAGCAGGGGUGUCCAAACUAUUUCCGAGGGCAGUGAAGAAAAGGAAGGGACAUUUUGAUAUUUUGUAAAGCAACACAUGUAGAUAUGCUAAGAAGUUAUAUAUUUCAAGAAAACAUCUGAUUUCAUGUAUGUGAAAUGCUACUAAAAUUGUUUAUUCUUGUAAAAUUGCAACCAUUUUUUCUCGUUAAAACUUAAUAUUUUGACUUUAUUCUCGGAAAGUCGCAGCUUGUUCCUGCCAUGUCCGCUCUUUUUUCAUUUCCAAUUACAGUCGUGGAAAAAAUGAUUAGACCAGUUUAUUGAUCCAUUUUAAUUCCUGAUACAACUAAAGGCAUAUUUGUUUGGACAAAUAACAAAAAUAGCUCAUAAGAGUUGGUUUUUUUGGCGGUACAAUGCUACAGCUAUUCACUCUUAAGAGCUAUAUUUGUUCUGUUUGUCCAAAUGUACCUUUAGCUGUACCAGGCAUUCAAAUCUUUUUUUCCCAUGACUGUAUUUUAACUUUCCUAUUGUAAAUUGUCUUUUUUGUACUUUAUUAAAAGUAAUAUAACUUUUUCCCCAUAAAUGCGACUUUUGUCUCACAUAUGACUUCAAAAGCUAUUACGACUUUUGAAAUAAUUCAACUUGAUGCUACUAAAAUGACAUUUUAUUCACCCUCCGAAUAUGACUUUAUUCUCUUAAAAUGUCUAAUAUUUUACAAAUGUCAACUUUAUUCUUGUACAUUUCCGUCUCGUAAUAUUAGGACUUUAUUCCCAUAAUAUUUGGACUUUUAUGACGAACAUAACUACUUUCCCCCAACCUAAUUCUCCAAAAAUUACAACUUCAUUCUUUGUUUGAAAAAAGUAACCUUUUUUUUCUUAAAUAUUUCAACUUUUUGCUAUAUGUGUAUGUGAACUUCUCAUGGAGACGAAUAAAGUGAGUUUAUUCUUCUAAAAUUGUGACUUUUCCCCCUUAAUAUUGACCUUCUCUUUUUUCUUUUAAUUCAACAAAAUAUUUCAACUUUCCCCAUCCCAAUUUUCCUACAUUGUUUUUUUCUUUGUCCUUUUAUUUCUUAUGACUUAAAAAAAACUCUUUUUCUAAUAUUUCAACUUUAUGCUAUUAAAGUUCCAAUAUACUGUAUUACGUCAUAACGUGAGUUUAUUCUUGUAAAAUUGCGACUUUUCUCAAUAUUUU